UCCAGAGUACUCUAAUUGCCAGUAUCUGUGUAAGCUGUGUUUAGUUCACAUUGAAAAUAUCCAGGGAGCUCAUAAACAUAUUAAAGAAAAACGCCAUAAAAAGAAUAUCAUGGAAAAGCAAGAAGAAGAUGAGCUCCGUGCCCUCCCUUCUCCUUCCCCUGCACAAGUUGCUGCUUUGAAUUUUAUGCUGAUGGAGGCAGCAAAAGAAAAAGGAAUAUCCGAUGAUGAUUUCAAAGUCCGCCAAGAAAUUGUAUAUGAUAUGGAAAAGAUUAUUCAGCAGUCCUUACCAGAGUGUUCGUUGAGGAUGUAUGGAUCCUGUCUAACUAGAUUUGCUUUUAAAACCAGUGAUGUUAAUAUUGAUAUAAAAUUUCCCUCCACGAUGAGUCAUCCAGAUGUUCUGAUACAAGUGCUCGAUAUUUUAAAAAAUACUGGAUCUUACUCUGAUGUGGAAUCAGAUUUCCAUGCCAAAGUUCCUGUUGUUUUUUGUAAAGAUGUUAAAAGUGGUUUAACUUGUAAAGUAAGUGCUGGAAAUGAUGUGGCCUGCCUUACAACUGACCUGCUAGCUGCACUCGGCAAACUAGAGCCAGUCCUUGUUCCUUUGGUGUUGGCUUUUCGCUACUGGGCUAAAUUGUGUCAUAUUGACUGCCAGGCAGAAGGUGGAAUCCCUUCAUAUUCCUUUGCCUUAAUGGUAAUAUUUUUCCUUCAACAAAGAGAACCACGUAUCCUACCAUCAUAUUUAGGCAACUGGAUUGAAGGCUUUGAUUCUAAGAAGGCUGAUGAUUACCAACUGAAGGGAAUAAAAGAUAAAAAGUUUGUAGUGUGGGAAUACAAACUAUCAAAUAAUGGAGCAGGGAAAAAUGUGAAUACUGUAGAAGGCAAAUCUAAAGGAGACCAGCACAGAAAUGGUAACAAGACUACAGCAGCCAUGGAGCCAAACAUCCAAAAUAAUCCAAAGGAGAAAAAAGGCCAUUCUCCAUUGUCAUUGGAAACACCACACCAGAUAUCUCUGGGACAACUUUGGUUAGAAUUGUUGAAGUUUUAUACACUGGAAUUUGCUUUGGAAGAAUAUGUUAUCAGCAUACGGGUACAAGAACUUUUAACCAGAGAAAACAAGAACUGGCCCAAAAGGCGAAUAGCCAUUGAAGAUCCCUUUGCACUAAAAAGAAAUGUUGCACGGAGUCUGAACAGCCAGAUGGUGUUUGAAUACAUCCUGGAGAGGUUCAGGACAGCGUAUAAAUACUUUGCAUGUCCGCAGAGUAAAGAUGAGACUCAGCCCAAACCAGAUACCAAGAAAAAAGAAAAAGGAAAAAUAGGUAGCAAAAGAACUGGAGAACCUGUAAUCAACUGUUGCCUUCCACAGCAGGCCAAUAUUACAGGAAAACAUAAACCAGGUCAUGGAUGUGAUUUACAGGAGUGUAAAUUUAAUGAAUGUAAUGAAAUGGAAUCUAUGACUAGGAGAUGUACUGAGAAACCUAAAAGCUCUUUAGUAAACUCAGAAAUUAUAAACACAGACUCUGGAGAUAGAGAAGAAACGAUAUCGUUUAUUACUAAUGAAUGCUGUGAAUUAGAAGAAAAAUCACUUAAAAGAAAGGAUGAUCAAGAGCUUUCAGCUGAAGAUAAACUAAGCCACUGUUGUGUUUUUAAUGAACAUAAACCCCUUGAUACAGAUUCUGUUAGUGGAUUAUCUGACACUGAAAGACUGGAUUCAGUAAUGGAAUAUCCAACAGAUAGCCUGUGCUCAGGCACUAGCUUACCAGCUACCUCGCAGGAUUGCAAAGCAGCAGAGGAAACUCAAGACACUAGAGAUGAAGUCACCACAGAAGACAUGCAUUAUGUGUUCGAUAAAUUUAUUUUGACUUCUGGAAAGCCUCCAACUAUAGUAUGCAGUAUCUGCAAAAGGGAUGGCCAUUCCAAAAGUGAUUGCCCAGAAGAUUUUAAGAAAAUUGAUUUAAACCCACUACCACCAAUGACAAUUAGAUUCAGAGAAAUACUUGAUCUUGUAUGUAAAAGGUGCUUUGAUGAAUUGUCACCUCCUUUCCCAGAACAACAAAAUCGAGAGCAGAUUCUGGCAAGUUUGGAAAGGUUCAUUCGGAAAGAAUAUAAUGACAAGGCCAGGCUGUGCCUGUUUGGCUCUUCAAAGAAUGGAUUUGGAUUCCGCGAUAGUGACCUGGAUAUCUGCAUGACUCUAGAAGGCUAUGAAAAUGCAGAGAAAUUAAAUUGUAAGGAAAUUAUUGAAAGCUUGGCAAAAGUUCUUAAGAAACAUCCAGGUUUAAGAAACAUUCUGCCUAUAACAACAGCCAAAGUGCCUAUUGUAAAAUUUGAACACAGACAAAGUGGCUUAGAAGGUGAUAUCAGCUUAUAUAACACACUGGCACAGCAUAACACAAGAAUGCUUGCAACUUAUGCAGCCAUUGAUCCAAGAGUGCAAUAUUUGGGAUACACUAUGAAAGUUUUUGCAAAGCGUUGUGAUAUUGGAGAUGCAUCCAGAGGAAGUCUCUCUUCAUAUGCCUACAUUCUCAUGGUAUUAUACUUCUUACAACAGAGAGAACCACCAGUAAUCCCAGUACUGCAAGAGAUAUUUGAUGGGCAGCAGAUCCCUCAAAGGAUGGUUGAUGGUUGGAAUGCUUUCUUCUUUGAUGACACCGAAGAAUUGAAAAAACGUUUACCUUCUCUUGGGAAAAACACAGAGUCACUGGGAGAACUCUGGUUAGGAUUACUGAGAUUUUACACUGAAGAAUUUGAUUUCAAAGAAUAUGUCAUCAGCAUUCGGCAGAAAAAGCUGUUAACCACAUUUGAGAAACAAUGGACAUCCAAAUGCAUUGCUAUUGAAGAUCCCUUUGACCUGAAUCAUAAUCUUGGUGCAGGAGUUUCUAGAAAAAUGACCAAUUUCAUAAUGAAAGCAUUAAUCAACGGGAGAAAGUUAUUUGGUACCCCUUAUUAUCCAAUCUCAGGAAGAGAAGCUGAAUAUUUUUUCAAUUCCAAAGUAUUAACUGAUGGAGAACUGGCCCCAAAUGACAGGUGCUGUCGUGUCUGUGGCAAAAUUGGCCACUAUAUGAAGGACUGCCCUAAAAGAAGAAGGAUAAAGAAAAAAGAGAAUGAAAGAGAUGAUGAAAAGGAACUAAAGGAAGAAGAAAGAGAUACCAGAGAAAAGAGAUGUUUUAUGUGUGGUGACAUGGGACACGUUAGAAGAGAUUGUCCUGAAUUCAAGCAGACCAGACAAAGAAGCAAUGGUUUGGCAGCCUCUCAAUUAGUCAGAAGCUUGGUAAAUUCACAGCAAGUAACUGGAUCAAUUCCACAGCAGGUGGAAAGACCCUCACGUACUAGACAACCAUCAGAAUGUACCAGGGCUUCCAAGGGCAAUUUGGUAAAGGAAAUCCACCUCCACCUAUUCCUUGGGACCAUGGAGCUACUACCCGUUUUCCUGUCCUUCGAGGGACGUGGCCUUACAGUAUAUCUCCAAACUACAUGCAGCAGGGAAAUGCCAGUUACCCAUUGAACAAACCUUUCUAUCCUCAAGCGGGCCUAUUGAUGCAGAACCAGCGGUUUUCACUUCUGUCUCAAGGACAUCCACACUUGAACGUGAAUUUUAUUCAGCAGAAGAAAUGAAGUUUAAUUAAGGGGAUGGGAAGAAAUCAGGUUGGAAUAAAAUGUUAUUGCAACAGGUUUAGAUAAAAAGAUUAUUUAAAACUUUUUAAGUGUAUAAUUUGUACAUAAAUAUAAAAUAUAGUUUUUACUAGUAUCACAGGAAUUAGUGAUACAAAUGUCAUCUAUUUUAUUACCCUGUUUUUAAGGGAACUGUGUUUUAUUUUAUCUUGAUAAACUGUAAAGAGAGUUUUUAAAAUUAAGUUGUUUAUUUUCUAUUAGCUUUAUUCAUACUUUGGUUCAGACUUUAUAUCUAUUCUAAAAAAGAAAUUAGAAGGAAUUCAUGUGUUAAAGACUCAUUUCUUUACUGAACAAUGUAGUGCCAAAAAACUUUUUAAAAAGGAAAUAAAAAUUGGAAAAUCCUAAAUCAUAGCCACAUUUUCUUUCAUAUUAGGGAUUGAAUGCUAAAUGGCAGUACUUU